AAAAAAAAGCUGUUAUGAAGAGGAAUAAACCUGUCUUAGUUAAAAUGACGAAGUUAAUGACUAUAAUAAACAAAUUAAUAUUUAAACAGAAGGUUGAAAUAGAUAGUCAAGUAUAUUUAAUAAAGCAUGGUGUACCACAAGGUAUGCGGAUAUCACCAAUAUUUUCUGAAAUAUAUUACCAAGACAUGAUCAAUGAAAUAUUCCCUGCAUAUGAAAAUAAUGGACUUCUAUGCAGAUAUGUUGAUGAUAUUUUAUAUAUCACAGAAAAUGAACAUUAUGCAACAGAGUUUCUGAAAAUUAUUAGAAAUGGCAUACCCGAAUAUAACGUAAAAUUUAAUCCAAGUAAAAUACAAUCAAACAUAGAAUCGUUAUGCAAUCCUAUAAAAAUAAGAUUUUUAGGAUGGAAUAUAAAAUUAUAAAACCAGUUUUCCCCUUUUCCAUGUGAUAUAUUAAGACCAUGAUUAUUAAUGCACAACUUUCCCUUGGAUAAAAUAUUUUUGUUUUGUAUAA